GUGUGAUGGCACAAAAUGGAGUAUAUAGGACUGCCAGAACCAGGGAGGAUUGCCAAGCGAUUUACAAUGACAGAGUAACCCGAAGCCAAGCGCCAGCCACGUGCACAGAGCAACAGGCCUAUGCUGCCUGCCUGCUCAGGAUAUCUGGAAGUAGCCUAACUGACGUUGUCUUCCAGGCGACUCUGACGAUCUUUCUACCAAUUCAGCUAGCAUCCUGUGCAUUGAGCGUCACCACUUUAGCUACUUUGUUGUCAAACGAUGCUGUGUUAUCGCUCACUGAGCUAAUCGGAGCUGGGCCUAACAAUGUCUGUGUAGAAGAACGAUUAACCGUCCUUAGCAGUACCGCGCUGUUAUGCGAGAGUUUGGAUAUCUACGUCAACUGUUUAUUAGGAGCACUCGGAUUUAAUCUCACACCACAACAGCGCAAUGACCUAACAAUUCAAGUUAACUUGGCCAUUCUGUCAUCCACCGGGAGAAACUGCUCCGUUGUUCUCAGGGAUAACUCGACGACCACCGUUUCCACAACAACCACUACAGAAACUACAACCACCACUCCUACAACAACACCUACUACGGAAACGACAACUACUACUCCUACAACUACUACGGACAGUACAACUACCACUAGUACAACUACUACAGAAACUACAACCACUACUCCAGUUACAACUACUACCGAAACUACAACCACCACUCCAGCAGCAAAUACUACAGAAAAUACGACCACUGCCUCAACAGCAGCACCAACAUGUCAUAAUAACAUGAACAUGGCAGAAAAUACAACAACCACUCCAAUUGCAACCACUACUGCAGAAGCUACAACCACCACUCCUAAUACAACCACCACUACAGAGGCUACAACCACCACUCCAAACACAACCACCACUAUAGAAACUUCAACCACCACUCCAAACACAACCACCACUACAGAGGCUACAACCACCACUCCAAACACAACCACCACUACAGAAGCUACAACCACCACUCCAAACACAACCACCACUACAGAAGCUACAACCACCACUCCAAACACAACCACCACUGCAGAAGCUACAACCACCACUCCAAACACAACCACCACUACAGUAGCUACAACCACCACUCCAAAAUCAACCACGACAGAAAGUACAACCAGCACUUCAGCAUCAACAACCACCACUCCAAGAAACAAUACAUGUCCCAAUACUUUGAUCACCCCUCCAGGAAUAGGCAUCCCCCGGACUCCACUCCCAUUUGCAGACUGCAUUACAUUUGACGGCAGUGCUUGUCUGGGAAAACCAGACGGGGAUUAUCCGACCUGCAACAACAUUUGCAUACUAGGAUACUACGUCACCUGCUCCAAUGGUUGUCCAUCGUUAAUAGUCUGUGCUUCUGACCGUUAUGGAUCUCCGACGGACCCUAUUUCACUUCCACUGGUGUUCAAUCCCAUAACCAAGGAGUGUGAGAGGAGGACCGAUUACUGUCCACGAAUAGCCGACUUCUUUAUUUUUGGAUAA